AUGCGUUCCCAAGUCUUCGCUAGUCUUGCCCUUUGCAUUGCCGCCGUAGUUGCAGGAGCCCCAGUGGAAAGCAGAGCAUCUGACGAGCAAAUCACCAUCGACGGUGCUGUGUUCGUCCGUAAAGAUAGCAAUAACAACGACAACUGGGAUGCCAUCACUCACGUUGGCCUCAGCCUGACUACUCCAUCCGGUUCUGUCCGCUGCGACGCAGACAGCUUCCCAGACCCAUCAGUCCCAUCCAACGUUUACACUUGUGCCGACCCCACAUAUUCUUUCCAAAUCACCAGUCGCCCGGGUUACAACAUCUAUGCCGUCACUGUCACCCACAAAGUCUCAGACAACAUUAUUUUGACCGGUAUGACCGAUGUCGGCUGCAACGGUCCUAUUCCGAUGUCUUGCCAACAAGUUGGUUCCAGGCAGGGCACGCUGACUGCUGCUUGA